AUUUAUUGGGGUUCUGUUUUUUCUCAUUUUUGUACUGGAAAAACAGCUUCGUCACUGUUGACAAAAUACAACUAGUGUUCACAAAAAUAUUUUGGUAGCCUAGCAUUUCAAGGUACCUGGUUUUAUAGUUUAUUUGGGCGCAGAGAGGAGCCAUUAUCUCCAUUUCGUCCUACUGACUGUAUUUCUGAUGGAGAAUCUUUCAAGAAACCCACCCUUCAACAAAAGGCUAGACAUUCAGAUGUGGUAAUCCUAGCUGGCGUUUAGACUGAUUCUACGGCAUUGCAGCACAGCAAAUAGAUAGAGAUGAGUGCCUGUUUCAACCUUUCUAGCGAGGAAUAACUUUAAAAGGAAGAAAAGACAUCUUCUGACAGGAUGAAUACUGAAAUCGAUUCAACAAUGAACUUGAAUGAACGUCGUCGCAACCAUUAGUCAUUGUACAGGGGAUGUAUAUGACGUGCUAAUUUAAAAGCACGCAUAUAAACUCUGAUUGCGUGUUUGCCUGCAUCUUUCUGGAAGUAAAUGCGCAACAACAAUAAAAGUGUAGCCUGAUGAUGGAAAAGUCAGGAGUAUAUUAGAGAAACAUCUAGAGAAUCAGCUGUUAAAUAACCGAAGCGAUGUUCAGUCUGGUGUUUGCUGGUCUGAUAUCUGAACAGCUGUGAAAGCAGCCUUGAUAUAUACCAGUGGCAUAGUUCACAAGAUUAAGAAAUAUAUGCGGUGUCCAUUGAAUUGAUAGAUGCUCGGAUGCAAAUCCGUCAGGCUUGUGAACACAAAUGAGGAGCGGAAACAAUCUAAAUGUAGACUGACUAAAGAUUUAAAUAAUGACAGUGAAUGUUUGAGGGAGAAGAUUUAGAAGAGAUGAAAAAUGCUGCAAUGACAGAUAACAAAAGACAACGUUCUAGGCUUGUCAAAGAACUAGCAAUUAAGUCAGGUAUUAGCGAAACUUCAUCGAAAUUAGACAAUGAUAAUCAUCGUAACAAUAGUGAAAGCCUUCCGAUUACAAAAAUCCCACUACCCAAUGGACAACAUGAGAAUACCUCAUUUGAUUUCCGUUCAUGCUCACGACAUAUUCUUUUCAGUGGGACAUCUGUCAUUCAGACACGGGGUGAUAUAAAUAAGCGUGUAUUAGCUGUAGUUAUCCGAACCGGAUUUAUGACCACCAAGGGAGAACUUGUACGGUCUAUCAUGUUUCCAAAACCUAUGAAGUUCAAAUUUACUCAGGAUGCCUAUCAGUUUUUAGGAGCCCUUUGUGCUGUGGCACUUGUUUUUCUCUGUAUCACAAUUUAUCUCAUGUACUGGAAUAACAAGGACUUGUACUACAUUAUUUUGAGACCUUUGGAUAUAGUAACAAUUGUGAUACCACCUAUUCUACCAGUCGCAAUGAGUGUUGGAAUCGUUUUUGCUCAACGACGACUUCGUAACCAUGGUAUAUAUUGUAUAAAUCCAAGCGUUAUGAAUGUUUGUGGUGUGAUAAAUCUUACUUGUUUCGAUAAGACUGGCACGCUAACUGAAGACGGGUUAGAUCUAUGGGGUGUAAUCCCAAACAAAGAUGGAGUUCUUGGAAAGCCUGAGUUCGAACCAUCAAAGUUAGGCCAUGGGCCUUUGAUUGAAUGCAUGGCUACUUGUGAUCAUAUGCUCACCUCUCUUUCUGUGGCACGGGACUGUGAAAUGAUUGAUGAAUUAGAUCGAGUUGUUAUUGUUACAGCUCACCCACCACCUCAUCCUAGUAAUUAUUUUACUUCAGACAUGUUAAAUGAAAAUCAGCCAAUAUCGAUGGCAGAUACUGGAUUUUCCACUGAAACAAAUCCAAACCACAUUUCAGAUACUACCGAUGAAAGAAAUGAUAAAAAUUUCUCAGAUGAUCUAAUCAAUUCCCUUGUUCAAUUUCACUAUGCAGAAGACCUAAACAGACCAGUUACUGAAGUCGCUACGACUAAGAUUCAACUAAAGCGAAAUCAAACUAAAACUGACAACGUAGAAACAUCGAAAACGUCACUUUUCAAGCGAAUAAAAACAAAAUUUAAUUUUAGUGGGUCACAAAGUUCCUCAAAGGUUUUAGCUGGAUCAUUAACGGGGGACGAUGUGAUGUACGAUACAGAUUCUAAAGACGUAUUCAGUCAAGAAGAUGUUGAGAAAUGUUUGUACGACCGUUCCACUAAAAACCGGUGUUCUCUCUCUAUACGAAUGAUAGAUAGGCCUGACUUUCAUUUGGCUAUGUCAGGCAACACAUGGUCUGUGAUUCGAGAGCACUAUCCUUGGUUAAUACCUAAAUUGGUUGUAAAGGGCACAGUAUUUGCUCGUUUCUCGCCAGAACAAAAAGCUCAAGUGAUUGAAGCUCUUCAGUCAGUUGGUUACUAUGUUUCUAUGUGUGGAGAUGGUGCAAAUGAUUGUGGAGCUCUGAAAGCUGGUCAUGUUGGGAUUUCUUUAAGUGAAGCAGAAGCAAGUAUUGCCAGUCCUUUUACAUCAAAGAAACAGAAUAUAAGCUGUGUUCCCAUGCUUAUAAGAGAGGGUCGUUGUGCUCUCGUAACAAGCUUUGGAAUGUUCAAAUUUAUGGCUGGUUAUUCUCUCAUUCAAUCAUUUUCCGUAAUGUUACUUUAUAUAGUCGGUAGCAAUUUUUCCCAAUGGCAAUACCUACACUGUGAUUUUGUCAUAAUAACAACAUUAGGUUUAACAUUUGGAUAUACUCAUGCAUAUCCAUAUCUCUCAGCUGAACCGCCUACAAUGAGACUAUUGAGUACGGUGACAAUGAUUUCAUUAUUUGGUCAAGUAAUCAUUGACUUUAUUAUUCAAACAACUGCAUUCAUAUUGAUUCGUUUUCAAUCAUGGUAUAUGCCGUUGUAUUUGUACUCCAAUAUAUCCGACUACGAAACCUAUGAAAGUACAGCUGUAUUUAUAGUUUCGGCUUAUCAAUAUAUAAUUUUGGCUAUUGCAUUUUCAAAAGGAGCACCAUAUCGUAAAUCAAUCUUAACUAAUUAUGCAUUUGUGCUGAAUAUUUUGGUGUGUUUUGCGUUCACUCUUUACUUGACCACUAAUCCAGCUGAUUGGAUAGUUAAACUUUUAGAAUUAGUCCGAAUUCCUUCCAUUUGGUUCAUAUGCAUAUUACACUUCAUGGUUUUGGCGAAUUUCAUGGCCAGUUAUAUUGUUGAGUCAGUUGUUGAUGGAGUCGCUUUUCGUCGCCGUAUAAGUCGCAUUCGUCAAUCAUUAUUUCCAAGACGUGUGGAACGUAAAGCUUAUGAGCGAAUUCGGGAAGAAAUUGACAGGUCAGCUGGUGUUUGGCCUCCCCUUUUAAGAUCUGCCAGUCUACAAGAAUUACCACGUGAUCUGUUCGCAGAUGACAAUAUAGACAUUCCUACUCGUCGUAGCAGUAGACGGCACUCUUCUGCCAUAUCCUAUGACACGGAUGUAGAGGCCGCUUCUGUUCAAAGUGAAAUAACUGACAAACGACAAAUUCCUUUCAGCAGUACAGACGGUGAUAUUGGUUUGCCUAAGAUUGUCGGUAAAUCCUUUUCUAAUCGAUUGAGUUUAAAUGAAAAUCGAAAUCCGAGUUUUGAUCUUCAUGGGUCUUUAAAGAAACGCAAUCUUUCAUUGGGUUCAUUGCAUCACACAACUGAUGAACCUGAGGUAUUUGACCAUCGAUCAGUGUCACGUACAUCUCCCGUUAUGGAUUCUCCCAAUAUGAAAAGCGUCAGUUCACAUUUGAAAAAUGAGGAGGAUAAGGAAAAUCAUGAUAAAGGAGACUGUCGUUGAAUUAUGUAGUUGCUUGAUGACAGAAGUUGAAGUGCUUCCCUGCUUUCUUCUGCCUGUAACAUGUUAUUUUUCUACAAAGCUAACAUAAUUGUUGAUGAUGCAUAUUGAAAUGCCAAGAUCGUGUACUUUUCAUAUUAAAUUCGAUGUUAUAUUUAAUUUUUUAAAUACCCGAACAACUUUAACUCUGCAAUUCUAUACAUAUUUUGAUUUAUUUGCCUUAUUUAAAUGCCGAAAUGUUUACUUCGAUGCUAUUUUUCGAGAAUCCCAAAAAGUCUUGGCAUAAAGCGUAGUUUGCCAAUAAAAUAUGUUAUACAUUUUAUUUGAUAAAAUAAUAAUGAUAUUUACUAUUUACAAAAUUUAAAAUUAUUAUUUACUAUCUAUAAAUGUUAACUUAAUCUAAAUUACUAUUUGUGUUACAACAAAUAUUUUGUAGAAUAAUAAAGGCUCUGACAUAAAAUAGACAAUUUAUUUGUGUUUAUGACAAAUUAUUCCAAUCAUUAUUCACUCUUUGACUGUAAAGUGAUUCAAUACAACUCGCUGGUAUACCAGAUUAUUAAAAGCGUGAUAAUUUUGUUGUUGCUUUUGAUUUCAUUAAAGUAUGAGAAUCUGCUU